UUCCGGUAAAAAAAAAAAACUUGCCUUUUCCCUUUCUUCUUCUUUGGUUUCUAGUUGUGUUUUGCAGCUCGACAGAUGGAACGAGGCGGCGGCGGCGGGGGCGGAGGCGACGACGCGGUGGCGCCGUUCGUCGCGAAGACCUACCACAUGGUCAGCGACCCGGCGACGGAUGGCCUGGUCAGGUGGGGCAGAGCCAACAACAGCUUCAUCGUGACGGACCCUCUCGAGUUCUCUCUCAGGAUCUUGCCCGCUUAUUUCAAGCACGGCAACUUCUCCAGCUUCGUUCGCCAGCUCAACACCUACGGUUUCAAGAAGGUCGAUCCGGACAAGUGGGAGUUCGCCAGUGAAUACUUCCUCAGGGGCCAAACCCAUCUUUUGAGCAGCAUAGCGAGGAGGAAGCACAACCCCAGCAGCACUUCUGCUGCGCAUCCACAGUCGAUGAACAGUUGUGGGGAGGUGGAGGAUGAAGACGACGUGGCCGUGGAGAUAAGCAGGCUGAGACAAGAGCAAAGGACGCUGGAGCAAGAGCUUCAAGGCAUGAGCAAGAGGCUGGAGGCCACGGAGCGGAGGCCCUACCAGAUGAUGGAGUUCCUGCACAAGGUCGUGGAGGACCCGCAGUUGGUUCUGAGGAUGAUGGUUGAGAAAGACAGGACGAGGCAAUUGCUGUGUGAAAAGAAAAGGGGAUCGUUGAAAUCGUCCUCUUCCUCUGACUUAUCCUCGCCACCGUCACUGUCGCCGUCGCCGUCGCCGUCGUCGCCUUCUUCCUUCACCAGAGCGCUGGAUGUGGCCAAUUCUGCCGUAGAUGAAGAAGAGAAAGAUGGCGGCGAGACCCAUUCCCGACCGCCGCAGGAGACCAAUUUUGUUGUGCCCAACUGGCGCGCUGCUAAUGGAAGUCUGGGGAUGCCGAGGUGGGAGGUCGUGAGCGCUGGUCGAGUUGCUGGCGUGGCAUGCGAGCCUGCGAUGGCUAAUUGGUCGCUUCCGCCGGCUGCCGGAGGUGGCGGCGGCGGCGGCGGCGGCGUCGGAGCUGUGGCGGUGUUGCCCCAGCAACAUGGCUCGAGUGGAUUUGGCGGCGGUGUCGAUAGUGGAUGGCAAUCGAGGUACCUCGGAGAAGUGGCCGCGGCAGUGACCGGCCACGCCGCCUUAUCCAUUUUCUUUGUUCUUCCACUAAGUGAUGACGAUAAAUAUUUUUUUCUUUGGAGGUCAAUCACAUGAUUUAUCCUGUGUAUUUAUUGUUUUUCCA